GUUCUAUGUCUAUGGGGGGGGAACUGCCAACGUUCCAGGAUAGGAUGAGCAACGCAGCAUCAGCGGUUACAGCCCAUGGCGGCCAUUUUGGAAACUGGCAAACCGUCACAACAGGUUUUCUAUUCAUUAACUCAUUAUACUGGUAAUAUGUAUAAACAAUGCUUGGAAUGCAACAAAACACAACAAAAACCGAUUAGAAUAGCAGGUACAAGGUGAAUGGGGAUUUCAAGAAUUGUUAGAGUUUUGCCCAAAGUAAAGAUGGCGGUCUCCUGCCUAGACAGUUUGUGCAGACGUUGGUUUCCACCUGGAUCUUUGGACUUUCAUUGAUCUGCAGGUAGAAUUGGAUUUUAUAAGCAUUUUAGUUGGGAGACCUGCUUCAGGUAAGUGGUGUAACAUUCAUGGACGUUGGUUUUGUUGUAAGGGAUAAUUAACCCAUCAGGUUAGGUAUCAGGGAUAGAUGGUUAGGGUUUUUUUUUUAUUAAAAAGUAAUAUUUAGUCAAUUGAAAGCCAAAUUCUAAGAUUUAUGUUAUUUAUAUUAAGCAAGCCGCGACUCUAUGUAAAAAUCCUUUAAAAGGUUAGUUUGGUUAGAGUUCUCCCCGCAGCCCAAUUCUCCUCCAAGUAUGUCACUCUCCCUCGCUGUAGGGGGGACAGAUGGCAGCGAGGUGGGCUGAGGGGUGGACGUGAGCGACACGAAGAGUGGGAACUGCACGGCUCCGCCAAGAGACGCCUGUCGCCAGCAUGGGUGCCGACAUCACAUGUCCAAUAUGCACAUAAUUCACAUUAGCCACCUGGACUCUUGUUCCUUCCGGACUGGCUAAGGAUGCCCUAGCGAUGCCAGCCAGAGGGGAGCUACACCUCCGGCAUUAAAAGGAUUAAUCUCUGUAAGUGCAAGGUGUAAUAGUGAAACUCAAAACAACAUGAACAGGUCAAAUCACUGAAGUGGUCAUGGUGCUUGUGGUAUCCCUUUAACUCCGCUAUACAGGGUUAUUCACUAUAGUGUGACUUGUCUUAUUAUGUCAAUUACUUCCUGCUCACCCAACUUCUUAUUCAGUUUGACUUCUUCUUCAAGAAAGUAAGUAUCUAUUAAGCAACCAUCUGAAAAACUGGACAUCUCUGCAUCAAUUUCACAGCUUCUUGAUUCAAGUAGAUUGAAUCUGCCACUUUGGGGUAGAGAAGGAAUUUUUUUCUAGUUUGUUUGCAAAAUUGGAAAGCAUUUUUUUUUUUGGGAUCAACCAUAACCACAGAUGCGAGAAAAGCUGAACUUUUUAUACUAUGUAACUGCGUCACAUGAUGAACUGAUCAUGAAAAGUGUCACAAAACCUUAUUGUCCACGUGUUUUUAACUGGAAUAACUGAACUGUUAUCUUGGUAUCAUAUUUGCUUUUGUUUUUAUUGUAGGUGUUCACAAAUGUAAGUGCCCACUGGAUGCUGUCUGAAAAUGUUGAGUCAAGAAGAAGCUGAGGCCCAGUUGUCUGAACUGGAUUUGCUCUCUAGUAUGUUCCCGAACAAUGAUGAAUUUGUGGUUACUGACCAGGUUGCUCUGGCAGAGCUAAGGCAUUAUGUAGAAAAUCAUACCACGGAUGCACCAUCUUCUACAAUUCAGUUUAUUGUAAAUAUGAAACUGGAAGACAACACUAAUUCUAAGGUAAUGUUAAACUAUGUGGUGUCUUUCCUUGUGAGACAGCAAAUGUAUUUAAAAUAUAACCUAUCUCAGAUUUUAUCAUUGUUACAGGGACACUCUAGGCCCUCAGAAUGUUUCAUCCCCUGAAUUGGUUGUAGUGUUCGGAUUUGUUCACCGCUGUCCCUCCAUUGAGUGUUAAACCAUAUUCAAGCUGUUUAAAACUAAAUGAGGGUCCGUGUCCACCCUCGGCUUGGCUCCCACUGGAGAUAUGACUAAGGCAGAGAUUACACACUUCCUUCUAGCUGUACUAUUUAAAUGCCGGCUGUGAUAGAUUGAAAGGGGACAGCAUAUUAUUAACCAAUCCCCAUUGAUGCUCAGAAUUAUGCUUCCUCUUUAGUCCAAGCAGCACAAAGGGGAUAUAUUGUUGGAUACUCUCAUUUGACAUCAACUGGUGGAGCUUCUGCCCAUAUAGCCAAGUUAAACUUGGCUAUUUCAAUCAGAUCGUCUCAUAGAGACCAGUUUUCUUAUGGGAAAGUACUGAUUGGCUGAGAUUAGCAAGAUUCAUGAUCUCAGCCUAGGAGGCGGAAACCGGCAGCCGAGGGAGCACAGCGGUGUAGGAGAAAGCAAAUUAAACAACUUUUUUUUUUACCUCUUACAAGAAGGGGGGAUGUAGUCACCUAAACAGUGACUAGCAUUAGGAAUGCAUAUUUGUAUUCUUAAUGCUAUAGUGUUCAUUUAAAGUGGGCUGUUACAUUGGUCUACAUUGUGAUUGCUCCACUUUUAGAACUUUGCUUCAAAACUGAUUUUGUAUAAAAAAUAUUUUAAUCAUUUUUAUAAAUAUUUUUGAGUCACUAAAGCUUAUUUUGUCCAUUAUUACAGCAUUGUCUUUCUUUGCAUUGCUCAUACCCGGUACACUAUCCAACAGUUCCACCUGAAAUCGUGGUCAGGUAAAGUGUACACUUUUUUCCUUAUAGAAAAUUGUUACCUUUUUCCUUUGCGCAUUCUCUAAAAUGGCUUCUGGAAAGGCUACCUAGUCCACAGAUGGCUUAUGUGGUAUCCCACCAUUCCUAUUAUAUAGUUUGACACAGACUUGUUUAACAAAUUUAAGAUAUUGGAGAGAUCAUGUCAAUGAGUACCUUCCCCAUUAUCCAAGCAACAGCAAAUUGGUACACUUUUUUUUUUUUUUUUAAAUGAAAGUUGUAAAGUGUUGAAAUAAAAUACAUGUGACAUCCCUUAGACCAGGGUACCAUAAGGGAAAUGAUAACCAUACAUUAAUAAAACUGCCCAGUAAAGUGUUUCUACUAAUUUCCUUGGUUUUGGGGAUAAAAUGGAGUUAAUAGAACUGUGUGUAUGAGAAAUGAAACAAGGAACGUGAAACUAAUAAAUGGAGUAUAUGGAGGAAGACAGAGGGGUUGAUUGUGCGCAGUUCAAGAAUGGGGAAGAAGGCAUGAAAACUAGGGAGAAGUUGGGUGGUCACAAAGAACAAGUAUACAUUUUUCUAAUUCUUGUGGGGCCCCCAACUCUAAUUAAUUUAGUUAUAUGCGAGGUUUUUAUAGGACAUAUUGUAUUUGUAAAUAUGUAAUAUUAGAGCUACUGUGAAAAUGUAGCUACCGGAAAGUGUAUUAUAUUUUUACUUUAAUCUUUUAUUUAAUUUUUAUUUUAACAGAUCUCCAUCUUUAAUCCGUUCCCAGCAAGCACAGCUAAAUUCUGAUCUCAGCACCUAUUUACACAAGGGUUGUAGUGGAGACGCAUGCCUACUAACAGCUACAGAAUGGGUGAAAGAUAAUGCUUUGCCAUAUCUAAACAAGGACCCUUUAUCUUCCCCUGAGUUACAGCAAGCAUGCUUAGCCACCCCUGAAAAAGCCGUAUUCACUAGACUGUGGAUAUACAGUCAUCACAUAUAUAAUAAACAGAAAAGAAAACAUAUUUUAGAAUGGUCUAAGGAGCUGGAGCUUUCGGGAUUCAGCAUGCCUGGAAAACCUGGGAUUGUCUGUGUGGAGGGACUGCAAGACUUGUGUGAAGAGUUUUGGUCUAGGUGUGUGAUUAUAGAUAUAAUGCUUUAGUUUUUCAAACACAUAGUGACGCAAUCGCUGUUCUAAGCAUAUCGACACAGGGUUUUAAAUUACACUUUCUAAUGUGCUCUGGCCAAUCUAUGUUCCAUAUACUAUUGCACAGCAGAUAAGAAAGUAAAAUCUCCUUGUAUAUGUGACCUUUAUACAAAGCAAAUACUGCAAUGUUUAGGUGAUAAGCCACCACCUUAAAACAUCAAAGUGCGAGUGCAGCACUUACAGUAUGUUGAACUUACCCCUAUAUAUGGACUUAGGGUAGCAGUGUCUCAUGUACAUAUAAAACGAGAGAAGAGAACACAAUAGUGCAACAGAGUAAACACUAGAAAUAGUAUAUAAAUAUAAGGUGGACAUAUGCUCACAAUAUUCUGAGCCUUUUGAACGGUAUGGCUCUGAACGUGCACGUAUGUGUGCCCUUCUCGCGGCAACUGUACCUCUAAUAAAGUGCAUAUAGGAAAUGAACACACAAAAGGAGCACACAAUAGUGAAAGUACCUCUGAGGUAGUGUUAAAGUUAAAUACAGAUAUAUUGGUUUUGUUCACCUUUACCUGGAGCCCAUAAAAUACUGACUCCAAGUUUAAACACUACUAAGCUCUCAGAUUUUUCAUCAUCACUCACUCAUGAAAAAAAAAGAAUACUGUGUUUUCAUAAUGCUGGCUACUGUACAGCAGUUUGCAGUUAUUCAGCACAACAUAACCUAUAAACCGAAAACCUUUGCUUUGCAUUGUAAAUUGGAUCUGAAACAUCACCUAGGGAGAUUUAUUUCUUGACAGAUGUAUUUUUUUUUUUUUUUUUUUAAAUAUUCUUUAUUUAGAUUUUCUCAUCACAUAAAAAAUGUGACAUGAAUUUACAAACAUACCAUAUAGACCAUGGGUCCUCAAACUCCGCCACCCUAGAUGUUGCUGAACUACAACUUCCAUGAUUCUUUGAAUUACUUAGAUAGCCAGAGAAUCAUGGGAGUUGUAGUUCAGCAACAUCUGGGGGCAGUGGUGUAUCCUGGUUUUGUGCUGCCCUAGGCACGACAAAACUCAGGAGCCCCCACCCCGUCUCGCCUUCUAAAUACACAUACACACUCACUGACAGACACAUAUACACUAGCUAACAGACAUACACACUCACUAACAGACACAUACAGUCACUAGCAGACAUACAGUCACUAACAGACACACAUACUAACACACUAACAGACACACGCAUAAACUCGCACUAACAGGCAUACAUACACACUCCCUAACAGAAACACAAACUAACACACACACACAUAGUAUGUCCCUUCUCGGUCUCUCCGCUCUGCCCGUGACCACCUCCUGUCCGUUGUUCGCACCCGUACGGCCAACUCGCGCUUGCAGGACUUCUCGCGGGCGGCUCCCUUCCUAUGGAAUAGCCUGCCUACCGCCAUCCGACUCUCCCCUAGUCUUGCAUCUUUUAAGAAGUGCCUUAAAACCCAUCUCUUUAGGAAAGCUUAUGGCCUCCAAGACUAACCCCUACCUCACAUACCCGUCUCUUGCCCUCUCCUAAAGGGCAGCCCACCUUAUUUGAUUGCAUUCCUGUCCUAAUGUGUCUUACACCCCACCUCCUAUAGAAUGUAAGCUCGACUGAGCAGGGUCCUCUUCAACCUAUUGUUCCUGUAAGUUUAUUUGUAAUUGUCCUAUUUAUAGUUAAAUCCCCUUUCAUAAUAUUGUAAAGCGCUACGGAAUCUGUUGGCGCUAUAUAAAUGGCAAUAAUAAUAAUAAUAAUAACAUAGUAACACACUCACUAACAGACACACAUACACUCACUAACAGAGACACACUCACUAACAGAGAGACACACUAACACACUCACAUUUUUUUUUUUUCAAUUCAAUCCCCCCAGCCUCCCUACCUUUGGGAGUGCUGGGGUGGAUUAUCACUCUCCCUGGGGUAAAGUGGGGCUGCUGGGCAGCCGGCCGGUAACUGCAGCCGGCGAGGGAGCACUGAUCCUCCUGUUCAUUGUGUAUAUUCAAUUUCUGUGAGUUGUUUCCAAUUUCUCGCUAUCAAAAUCUUAACAGUCAUAAAACCAUGUGUGGCCAGAUAGUAUUGAGAUGCUCCUACGGACGACCAACCUAAGUGUAAUAUUGCUGCCUUAGGAAUUUUAUCAAUUUUAAUCUUAUCCAUAUUGUAUAAAGUACUAUAAACCUGAUCCCACAAUUUUUUAAUUUUCGGGCAGCUCCACCAUAUAUGCAAAUAACUUCUGACCACUUCCAUACAUCUCCAACAGAUCUUGGAAGCAUUAGGAUUGAUUCUGUUUAACCUAAUUGGUAGAAUAUACAUAGUUUAUAAGACAGAUGUAUUUUUCUAUAGCAAAUUUCGUUAGGCAUCAAGUAAUUUUUUUGUGUGUUUGAAAACCGAUUAUUACAUAAAACUUCUAAUCCUUUCUACAAUUCACAGAAUAAGAAAAUUAACAUGGAAGCGCAUUUUAAUUAGACACCGAGAAGACAUCAGUUUGCCCUGCGGUACUUUAGAAUCCAGUAAAGAAAUCCAGAAACUGAGGAAAUUCCCGGCCUUAGAAGAAAAAGCAUUUGAUGUUCACGGAACCAGGGGAAAUCACAUGGACCUGGGUCAACUUUAUCAGUUCCUCAAUGAAAAUGGAUGUUCAAAUGUCUUCCCUAUGUACUUUGGAAUCGAAGGAAAAUAGCUGUCAUUUUAAGCUUAAACAACUUCUUUUACAUUUAACAUUUAAAGGAAUGUCCUACAAACACAAAUAUUCCUGCAUUUGUACAACCAACCCUUUUUAAAGUAAAAUGCCAUUAUUUUUAAACUGGUAAAAGUAAAUUGUAUGUUUU